GUCUCAAUCUGUCAGUGUCACUGUGCUGUGGUGUGCCGAAAACACUGGAAAUAAUGAAAUAAACUUGUACUGUACUGUUUGUAUAAUUUGUUUGUUAGCUCUUUGUUUUUGAAGUAGUGGGCAGAUCGUAACGUUGCUGUGAAAAACAUAAACGGAAAUACAUCAGAGUUAAUAAGUUUUAGUUUGUGAUUUUAAACAAAAAGUAAAAUAAGAAAAAAAUAUACAGGUAUUGAAGACCCUAUUCUUAAUAACAAUGACUUUAUCUACUCGAAGACUCGUGCAAAUUGCUGCUUGGGGUGGUUUAAUUGUCGGUGGUACUGGAUUUUAUUUACAAAAUCGAAUUAUUGAUAGGGUAAGAGGUUAUGACUACUACAAAAGUGCGUUAAAAAAGUUACGAGCGCAUCCAGGUGCCAUCCACUAUCUGGGAGAGCCAAUAAAAGAUAAAAGAUUUAAGCUCAGUGAUGCUGAAAAUAACUUUUCUGAUGGGAAAACCGCCAGAUUCAGAAUUCCAGUUUCUGGGCCAAAAGACAGAGGCACUUACUAUUUUUGGGCUGAAAGGGAUAGUGAAGAAUGGAAAAUUGACAGAGCAGAGUUAGAAUUAAAAUCUAAUCCGGAUGCUAGACUAGUUAUAAUAAAAAUGUUUAUUGGGACAUCAAAAGAAAAAUUCUUUUAUCACAAUACUUUACUAUGUCUUGUUAAAGCUAUGGAAGGACAAAAUAUCACUGUGGAUUUACGCAAUGACUCAUGUAUCUGUGGCCAAGUCAAUAAUGUAGAUGGAUAUAUGAAUAUUUCUUUUUCAAAUGCUGUAUAUUGUGAUCCUCAAGGGAAUGAAUACCUUUUUGAACAGUUAUUUUUACAAGCACACAAUAUAAGAUAUGUACAUGUCCCUGAAACUACAUCAAUAUUAUCAACUAUUAAAAAUGAGUUGGUUGGAAGCAAAAAGCCACUUCCUGAUAAGAAAGACAUCAAUAAAUCCAGAAAAGUGAAAAAGGCUCUAAAGCAGCACAUGGAGACUGUAGCUUCAUUGGAGCUGAAUAAGUGAUGUUGGUUGCUGCUUGGUACCUGUACAACAUUCAAAUAAAAUAUAUAAAAAAAUA